CACCCGUGCCGGAAGUCUUCUGUUAGCUCCGAGUGGCUUGACGCUGGUGGUGGGAAUGGCGGCUAUGAUCACUAGGGGAAGGAACCCAAAGACCCUGAAAGUUUACGUCUAACGGCCCCACAGAGGAAUUUAUUUCUAACGAAACGCAGAAACACCGUACCGUAACGGUUUAAAGGGAGAAGAAGUGCUAUAACGCGAGUUUGACGCGGUAGAUGUCCGGGCUGAGCGACUCGCUAGUUAGCUUAACGUUAGUGCCACUGACUUUGAAUCAAGGUAGCUGUUAGCUCGCUGCUCUACUAGCCAGCUGUUGGCUGCUUGGCUUGGCUGGCCCAACAAGUUAACUAAGUGAUUAACUGUAUGAAAGCGUUCCGCAUUUAAGUCGUGGAGAGGGGAUCGGCUCUCUUUGUCCGCAGCUAGUAUUAGGGACUUUUACAGAGAGCAGGAUCAGACGACAACAAGUCUUACUCAGCGCGCUGUGAACAUUAUUAUUCCUGCUAACCUCUACGCUAGCUAGUGCACAAACGCUAGCUAAGUUGGGAUCCUGAAGUCUCGCCCAUUUUUGGAUCCUGCCCCGGCCAUUGGCUAAGGGCUAAUCAUCAGCCAACUAGUCUGGUUUUCAGGUCCGAUUGGUACUACGAUGGAAAGUCUAACGCUGAGUGAUGUCGAACAGAAAUACUACUCGGAUUUGUUCGUUUACUGCGACACGGACAACACCAAAAAAGUGGCUUCCAACGGGAGAGUUCUUGACCUUUUCCGGGCGGCCCAGCUACCCAGCGAAGUUGUCCUGCAGAUCACAGAGCUCUGCGGAGCCACUCGGCUGGGUCACUUCGGGAGGAGCCAGUUCUACAUCGCACUCAAGCUCAUAGCCAUCGCCCAGUCUGGGCUGCCCCUGAGGGUGGAAAGCCUCAACUCGGUCAAGGACCUGCCGCUGCCCAGGUUCGUGGUGGGGAAGAACGAGGCAGAGGCGAGGCACGCAGCGCUGUACCAGGACACAGACAGCCAGGGUUUGUACCCAGCCUCUGCUACUGCGGUAAUACCCAGACCCCCGGGCAGGGGACACCAGAACAAGAAAGGUCCCCCGUCUUCAACUUCGCUUCCUGUCCAUGAGGUCAUCCAGCCCCUGGCACCAAGCAUAGAAUCACAGCCCGAACCGACGUCCCCGGUGGUCUCCCCUCACCAGUCUCCCCCCACCUCCCCUCACUCCUGGAGGAAACACACGCGACAGCACAGUGGAGGAAACCCAGACAGACAGGCGGUGGUGGCCGCAGCUGGAGCCGUGUGGACGCAGUUCAGAGAACCACAAACAGGUCCCGUGCCCAGCGAUGGCAUGUGGGCAUCCCACUCGCCGCCUCCUCCAGGUCAGGAAAGUUGGGUCAGUUUCACAGCAGACACCCCACCAUCCAGCACACUCCCAGCAAUGCAUCCCUCGUCAGUCCAGGAAAGCACAACAAUACGAACAGUGGCCUCGGCAGCAACGACCAAUGAGAUCCAGCGGCAGUCCAGCGGCUACGAUGAUCCCUGGAAGAUCACGGAUGAGCAGAGACAGUAUUAUAUUAACCAGUUCAAAACCAUCCAGCCAGACCUCACUGGCUUCAUACCUGGUUCAGCAGCAAAAGAGUUCUUCACCAAAUCAAAACUACCGAUUUUAGAGCUGUCACAUAUUUGGGAGCUGUCAGACUUCGAUAAAGAUGGAGCGCUGACCCUGGAUGAGUUCUGCGCUGCCUUCCACCUGGUUGUGGCCAGGAAGAAUGGCUACGACCUCCCUGAGAAGCUGCCCGAGAGCCUGAUGCCAAAGCUGAUUGACCUGGAUGACUCAGCAGAGGGCCCGGAGUCCACUGCCGACGUUGGAUACUCGGGCUCUCCGGUGGAGGUCACCCCCAACAAGUCUCCCUCCAUGCCUUCACUCAACCAGGCAUGGCCAGAGAUGAACCAGAGCAAUGAGCAGUGGGAGACGUUUAGCGAGCGCUCCUCCAGCUCACAAACUCUGACCCAAUUUGACUCUAACAUUGCACCAGCUGACCCUGACACAGCCAUCGUUCACCCAGUUCCCAUCAGGAUGACACCCAGUAAGAUCCACAUGCAGGAGAUGGAGUUGAAGAGGACCGGCAGCGACCACAACCACCCCACCAGUCCUCUGCUCGCCAAACCUCCAGAACUGUCAGAGGAAGCCAAACUCCCUGCCUCCAUGAAGUUUGUAGCCGCCAACACUGUAGGUGAUGGUUAUAGCAGUUCAGACUCCUUCACAUCGGACCAGGAGCCAAUUACAAGACAAAGGUCUCAGUCGGGUACGUCUCCAGAGGCGCUGAAGGUGGUAGCCCCUCCUCCCCCUCCACCUCGCCCUCAUCCCUCUCACUCUCGCUCCUCAUCUCUGGACAUGAAUCGCACCUUCGCUGCCGCGUCAGCCGCGGGACAACCGCAGCCCUCUACGAUAGCUUACCCGCCUGCUGUGCCUCCUCGACCGCUGCCCACGCAGACGUCCGUACCACACACCGGGCAUCGUGUGGAGGCAGAGGCCGUGCCAGGGGGCGGGGCAGCGCUCACCACCACCUCCCCCCAGCAGAUUCCUCAGCAGCCCAAUUUCGCAGACUUCAGUCAGUUUCAGGCCUUCGCUGCUUCUGAACAGCCUUCCAGCCUGCCGGAGGUCGACAAACACAGUGAGGCAGGACAGGCGGAUAAGGCAUCAGAGGGCGCUGGCCCUUUGAGAUCAGUGAAGAGUGACGGCCAAGCAGAUGAGAGGGCCCCAACUACUGUCAACUCUGCCAAAUGUUCGUCUGGUCCACUGGCUCCUCCUCCUAAACCUGUACGUCGGAGGUUGAAAUCAGAAGAUGAGCUACGACCGGAGGACGAGCAGCACGGUCCCCAAAAAUCAAACGUCAUAGCUGCUGUCCUGGCCACUCAGCCCUCCAUCCCCAGGUCAGUAGGAAAGGACAAAAAGGCGAUUCAAGCUUCAAUCAGAAGAAACAAAGAGACUAACACAGUGUUGGCAAGACUUAACAGUGAAUUACAGCAACAGCUGAAGGACCUGCUCGAAGAGAGGAUAUCUCUGGAAGUCCAGCUGGAGCAGCUCAGACCUUUCUCUCAUCUUUAACCAAUGGAGGAGGGAAAACUCGGCUGUAGUUCAUCUGAAGCAAGGCUGUGGGCCUCGGUGUGACCCCCCCCCCCCUCCAUCCUUCCCUCCCUCCCUCCCUCCUUCCUUCCAUCCAUCAUCCCCGCUUUCCCUUGAGGCUCUGAUCUGCCGCAGCGUGCUCCGUUAAAACUGUCACACUCAGUCACACAGUUAUCAAUCAUAAAUCGGAAGGAACUGAGAGCACAGUCUUAAACAAGAGGCAGGUGGUGACAGGAGUGUGGGGGGGAUUUUACAAACUGGCACUUUUCAGUUUUCUCUAAAGAGACGUGAAGGUGAGGACGACAGUGAACUGAGAAAAACGGUUAGGAGAAGCAGACAGGACGCUGCAAAUGCUUGUGUCUGAUUACUUUACUCUCUGAAUGACUGAAGAAGACAGGUGGAGUGUGUGGUUCACGUGUUUGUGUGACUGUUUGUGUAUUUGUGUUCCCGUUUAGUGACUUACUUGAGGCUCGCAUCAGUAUCUUUGUUCUCUCUUUGGGUAUAGACUCUGCCACACCAAAAAUAAAAAAAAUUAGGCAAAUUUAAAGAAACGACUCAACACUUUGGAAGUAUGCUGACAUACUGUCUUUCUAAGAGUGAGAUGAGAAGAUCUGUAUCACUCUUAUUAGCUUCAAGUACAGAGAUGAAAUCUGCAAUUAGCCUAGCUUAGCAUAAGGACUGGAGGCAGGGGGAAACACUUGGCCUGCUCUCUCCAAAGCUCCAAAAUCCACCUACAGGCACCUCUAAAAUUCACUAAUUAACACAUAGUUUCUCAUUUGUUUAAUCCAGAAAUGUAAAAACAAUAAUUUGUGGUUUUAGGGGUGUUAAAAGCUAAAAUUAUUUCAUCUAACUCUCAGAAAGAAAGUGAAUAAAUGUUGUCCCAAAAUGUUGAACUACUUCUUUAAUUGUCAUCUUGCUUAUCGGCAUGACUUCUCUCUGACUGCCAUGGAUACGCAUAUAAAACAGGACUCAAAAACAUUUCUGCUUUAAAUAUCUUCAGAGACAGUUUCUACUAAACAUUUGCCUUCUGAACGUCACUGGCUCUUUACACCCCCACCCCCCUGAAAGAAAAAAAAAAAUCAUUAACAAUAGAUCACAGAAACAUGCUACAGCACAUGUUAGAGGCUUUGAAAACUUUAGAAAGUCUACAGCAGAAACCUACGUCUGCCAGUAAGCAAGGAAUGCAAAAUUGACAUUUCUUUUGACCAGAGUUUGGUGUGGUUGGUCUCCACAUAAAACACAUUGGGCUACUUCCGGACAGGACUCUUGUGUGUAUGUUUCUGUGAUGCCUUUAAUGGCUAAAUCAUCGUGGUGAAGGCUUUUUUGACUCAUCCUGUGACAUGAAUUCAGCCCACCUUCUUUUCUUGAAGUGCGUGUGUGUGUGCGUGUGUGUGUGUGUGUGUGUGUGUGUGUGUGUGUGAGAGAGACGGCAUGACAUGAUGAAUGAACGCUUCGUCUUCUGUUUUUUCCUUCGUGUUACGCAGUGUUUGGGGAUUGAUGUGACUGACUGGUUCAACUUUAAUGCCAAAUGACUGAACUGUCGCUCUGCUCUCUCACCUCUACCUGGGCUGUGUUUUGAAGAUUGAAAAAAAAAUGCAGUCCCUCUUCCUAAAGGUUUUUCUUUAGCGUAGCUGUGGCUCAACAUUUCAGCUUUCCUUUAAACCUCUUAUUCUUCAUUCCUGAGGUUAUUUUUCAGUUGUUUUCUUCACCUGGAUGGGAAAGCAUUUAGUCAAAACUGACAUUGAAGAUUUUUCAGCUGCUUGACUGCAGGAGGCGACAUUUAUGAAGAAUUGUGUUGCUGAUCAAGAAGAAGCUUUCCUGUGAUUUUUUUUUUUUUUCCCCGCUCAGCAAACACACGUGAACAGAUCCAAACCAAUGGUGCAGAUAGAGUUGAUAAUGAUUUGAAAAUUCAGCUGUUUUCCAACGGGGCAGUCGGCACUAUGCAAGUACGGGCGAUACAUCUCCACAGACCAACUAUACUUAGCUGUUUGUACUAUGAUAGUAGCAACUGUGUGAACAGUGUACUCUGGUUUUUGUAUCGUAGAUCUUCCAGACAACCAUCUACUGUAUGUUUGUGAUUCAUUUUGCCUUUUUUUUUUUUUUCUUUUUUCGUACUGACGAGCAGUCCACUUCCCCCACUCCCGGCUCCAGAGGGAAGUAAACUCCAGAUCAGUGUUUUAUCAGGGCAGUUUCACCUGAAAUCUGCAAGAUGAAGCUUAACAGGACUACAGAGACCAGUCAACAGAAUGGGAGACCUGAAUUACCCAACAGCACUUUGAACUCACCCCCCCCCUUUUUUUCCGUAUUUUUAUUUGUUACGUCCCUCCUUAACCUUUGCUUUCUUUUAACCUGCAUGUUGUUUUUGUCUUUCACGUGUAUUUAAAAAAGAAGAUGCUUUAAGAUGAAAAAAAAAAAAGAACCACUCAAGUUUUAUUUCUUCAGUACAACCCUGGAAACUAAGGUUUUUGUGCUGGUACCUUUAAAAUACCCCGUCUUGUGUGGUUAAUUUUUUUUUUGUAAUACCAAGUGUUUUGUCCCUGGAGCUUCCUGUGUGUUGGUGAAGAAUCUGUCUUCUUCUAAAGCCUUACUCCCCCGACUGGUGUUCAGGUUUCCACGGUGGCUGACUGACCUCUCUUCCUUGUUGUAUCAAGGCUCGCCUUCUUUUUUCUGCUGUUGAGGACGAUGAUGUAUUUGGUGUGUGUGUGUGUGUGUGUGUGUAUGUGUGUGUGUGUGUGUGUGCGCGUGUGUUAUAUUGUUUCCAGACCUGGAACUAAUACCAUUUAAAACUCUAUUAAACACCUUCAUGUUGGAUUGAUUUAUGUUUGCUAGCACAGUAGCUCCCUCAUCGUCCCCAAAACCAAAAGGCAAUCCAGGCAGGCAGAAGCAAUCAGUCAUUAACGAAGUCUUUCAUGGGAUUUUGAAUGCUAUUUGCUCCCAGAUCUGUGUUGUAUAUUGUAUAUGAUACACACUUUUGGACUCAUAUGUAAAUUUGCAUUAAUUGCUGACUAACAGCGAAAGAAUAUUCUAUUUAAUUCCUUCUCUCUUGGCUGUGGGAUCCUAGAUGUUUAACUGCAUGGAUGUACUGUAUCUCUGCAGAGUCAACUAGCAGCUGUGUGAUUUUUACACAAAAAUAAAAACGGCACAAUAUUUUAAA